CUUUUUUGGACUUCAUGUGGCCGUGUGCGGACGGCGCACUCUACGACUUCCACUGCAGCGCGGGGAACUUCCAAUUCUGUGGAAGCCAUUCAUAGGCAUGGUCUUCUCAAGUAGUCUAUGCGCGUUUAUUCUUGGGCUUGCGAAAGAAGUUGCGGACAAAAUGGGCAUCGGCCUUUGCCCCUGCAAUGCCGAUACCAAAGAUAUACUGGCAAACUUCUACGGUAUAGUUUGUGGGGCGGCUGGCCUCUCCUUUGUCAUGGUGGUAGCGCAAUUAACCUGCUCCCAUCUACCAAGAGGAGUUACAGAAGAAUCGGUAUCGGAUACUAUUUGUGAGCACGAGGAUGGGCGCGGUCCAGAAAUGUAAGAACUGGGGACUGUACUGGGUGCGGCCGAAAUUGUUGGAGCAGGCGAAGGAGCGCCCGUGGGAGAAACCGACGGGGCCACACUGAUUGAGGGUGAGCUUGACGGUCGUGCCGAUGGCACCUCAGAAGGAGAUUGUGACGGCGAUUCGCUUGGGGCUUCAGAAGGAGAUUGAGACGGCUGCCCAGAUGGUGAUACCGAUGGUUUCUCGGAAGGCAACGCCGAAGGAGAUGCUGAGGGUCCAACGGACGGAGUCGUCGAUGGAGCUCUCGUCGGUACAUCGCUUGGUGCCGAACUGACAGUAGGGGACGGAGAGGGUCGUUGGGAUGGUUCUGCCGUUGGAGCGAAAGAGAUAGUCGGAGCGGCGGAGGGGGACUCUGACUUUUUGCUUUUCGAUGUUUUCGAACUGCGUUUACUGCUUGAUCCCUUGCCCCCCUUUCCCCCCUUGCCCCGGCUAAAAAUAUUCACUGCGUCACCUUUGCCACUCCGCAACGAUCGCAAAGAAGAAUCCCCGUUGGGUUUCGUUUCGAGUUGCUGCAAAGCACGGUCCAUGGGCACUGUCCGCUUUCAGAGUCCGCUGAAGGGACACGUGGGCUUUAACUGUGUGUUCGAUUGGCUGCAUUGGACUUGUCAGUCGGUGCGAUUGGAAAGUAAAGUCCCAACGCUAGAAAUGGGCACGAAACGGUCGUCUCACAAAACAUUUCAAAAUUCAAAAGGAGCAAAAAUUGGCCCACAACGGUCCUAACAAUACCCGGAAAUGUGGAGAACCCGAAUUUUACUUCUGGUCGUACGACCGUCGACAGUCUGCCAUGUGGAUCGUGCCGAAGUAAGUUUUCGAGCAAUACCUCUCUUUUCAAAGGAAGAGUACUUAAUCAGAAUGCUUCGACGGCUUACAUUAGGAAACUAUCCUUUGUUUCUUUUCAUGUCGAUUCCGUUCGCCAACGCUUCCCGGACACCGCCGUACCACGGCGGGGGUUCCUCGCACACGCCACUACGGAGAAGGGGUGAAAACGACCUGUUUGCCGCUCCCACCUACGUGUCCGAGCUUCCUUUGCCGCGACCCCGACCGAACAAAGCGGACAAAGUCGUCAGGAUCGCGAUGCGCGCCGUGCUCCUGAGUCCCGUCGUUGUCCUGGUGCUCUGGAGCGGCCUUGCCGUCUUGUGGACGUCCAAACAGCAAUCACAGCAACCGCUCACCUCGUCGCGGACAACGAAACAAAGACGCAACAUGCGGCUGCCGACACGCGCACAGGUCAGUGAAAGCCUAGCGGAAGUUGUGGAGGUCGUGGGUGAUGCUCUGGGGGACGCCGCACCGCGACAAGCCAAGCGUUUGCCCGUGUACGCUCCGCUCGGGAACACUCGGGAGAUGAACGCCAUGCGACCGUCGCGCAUCGCACCGCGCCAACAAGAUUCGCUCCUGGUGGUGCAACCAGCGAACGUUAUGCCCGUUCCAAAUCGUGGGGCGGUACAGUCGCAGACACAAAACGUUGCAGCGCAAGCCGAACCGCUCCAAGCCGCGUUGUUGCAAGGGCAAACGAAUAGGGCGAGUGUGCAGGGGGCACCGUUAACGCAGGCGGCGUACCAGGGACAACAACCUUUACAGGCUAGCAUCCAGGGGCAGCAGGCAAUGCAAGCAACGGCCCAAGGAGACAGUGUUUACCAAGAGCCUCUGCCCGUGAGUGCACCCCAGAACAUGGCACCACUCGUGUCCUUGCCCGGCCCACUGGGGCGAACACAGCCGCUAGUGACUUCCACGCAGGAAUCCACGAAUUCAGCAUCCUCGGAGCAGCUGCAGGAGCAACAAUUUGAGAAAUUUGCCGACGAGCAACAGGGAGCGCCAAUGACACAACAAGAUCCGCAGGUGACUUCGUCACUACGACAACAACAAUCACGGACCGUCGUCUAUUACUAUGAUCCAGCGCAGGCUGUUUCGCAAGACGGAAAAUUCUACGUACCGCAAACGGUGUACGAUGCCAACGGCAACGCGGUACACUUGCCUUCCAUACAAGCCCAACAGAUCUAUGUGGAGCCGCCACGAAUGACCAUGACUCAAACCAACAAUUCAGCCAACAGUAGACACUCGGAUCCAGACGUUGCUCGUGUCAUGCCGCAAACGGGUUCGGUUGUAACGGAUUUGAGUGCAACAGCGGCCGCCACCGAUCAAUCGAUUGUUGUCGCCACCGUUGGUGUUCUGGCUUUGUUGUUUGGGGCCCUCAGCGCUCGUAAAUUGCGAACACGGUCGCUCCUCUCGAGUUGCUUGGAUAAUGAAGAUGAAGCAGCUUACGACACGGCCUACACACAAUCGGCCGAUGUCAACUCGUAUCACACGUUUUCGUGGAAACAGGAUUUGGAAAAGUUUGACGUAUAAUGGAUCGAUGGAAUAUUUAUAGUCUCAACAUGUUUUUGUGG